GGAGGAGAGAAACCGGAGAAAGUGGGCGCGCCGCGUACGUCGUUGGGAGGAAAAUAAUCGGUUGACGUUCCCCUUGCUUGUCUAUUGUAGGGCGGCGGGAUGCUGCCGCUGUAGAGCGAUUGCAACGGGCCAAUCAGAGCUUUCAGUGGGACAGCGAUGUUGAGAGGUGGCCAAUUGGUAGCCUAGCUCAAGUUGUCAAUCAAGCGCGGUUCUGACAAGUAGGCGGGACGUUCUGUUGACUGUAGUUCCGUCAUCUCGCUCGUCUCCGAGGCUACAGGGGGCCAAUGUUGAUUUGGACAAAUUGUUAUCGUUGUCGGACCCUGCCGAUGUUGUAUUUUUAAAAGCUGGGUUCGCUAACGAAACGUGGCAGGCUCCUGAUAGAGAAUAUUGCACCCCCGCCCUCGGUAUCGCUGUUUUUUGGGCUGGGGGAGAGGUGGGGAGCCGGGGAGGGGGGGCUUGCUCGCGGGGGCUGCAAGUAGGGAAGGGAGAAGACAAGGUUCUGCGUUUUCGGGCCAGCUGAGCUCGGACUGAUAGUCCAGCGAAGCCCCAGCGACCGAGAUACCACAACGACAGCUCCCUGUGGAUCUAAGCUCGAUAUCGGUCGGCGGAUGAUGAUGACCGUGGAGUGAGCCCGCCGCACUAUCCCGUCUCGCCGUGGCACCGCGUCAGCAGCUGUCGGGGUAUUAAAGAUCAGGACCUCGGAGUUCACGUUUGGUACAUUUGGAUUUAAGAAAUACCGUUAAGACCUAGUCGAGGUUAGACCGGCUUUAGAAGGCUGCAGGGCGGCCAAAAGCCACGGAUUGCCCGUUGACAGGUUGUCAUCAUGGGCAACGCGCCCACGGCCAGGAAGGGCAGCGAGAUGGAAAGCGUGAAAGAGUUCCUUGCUAAAGCCAAAGAGGACUUCCUCAAGAAGUGGGAGAAUCCUGCACAGAACACUGCUUGCCUGGAGCAGUUUGAGAGGUUGAAAACCCUGGGCACAGGCUCGUUUGGUCGUGUUAUGCUGGUGAGGCACAGAGAAACAGGGCAGCAUUAUGCCAUGAAGAUCCUCAACAAGCAGAAGGUGGUGAAGCUCAAGCAGAUCGAGCAUACUCUGAAUGAGAAGAGGAUUCUUCAGGCGGUCAGCUUUCCUUUUCUCGUGCGGCUAGAGUACUCAUUCAAGGACAACACUAACCUCUACAUGGUGAUGGAGUACGUACCAGGUGGAGAGAUGUUCUCCCAUCUACGAAGAAUUGGCAGAUUUAGUGAGCCUCACGCUCGGUUCUACGCUGCUCAGAUCGUUCUGACCUUCGAGUAUCUGCACGCUUUGGACCUGAUCUACAGAGACCUGAAACCUGAAAACCUGCUCAUAGACCAACAGGGCUACAUACAGGUGACAGAUUUUGGCUUUGCCAAACGUGUAAAGGGCCGGACCUGGACACUGUGUGGCACCCCAGAAUAUCUGGCCCCAGAGAUUAUUCUCAGCAAGGGGUAUAACAAAGCAGUAGACUGGUGGGCACUAGGUGUACUCGUCUAUGAGAUGGCAGCAGGGUACCCUCCUUUCUUUGCUGACCAGCCCAUUCAGAUCUAUGAAAAGAUUGUAUCAGGGAAGGUGCGUUUCCCAUCUCACUUCAGUUCAGACCUGAAGGACCUCCUAAGGAACCUGCUACAGGUGGAUCUCACAAAACGUUAUGGAAACCUCAAGAACGGGGUCAAUGACAUCAAGGGACACAAGUGGUUUGCAACCACUGACUGGAUUGCCAUCUACCAGAAGAAGGUGGAAGCUCCCUUUUUGCCCAAGUUCAAAGGACCAGGCGACACCAGCAACUUCGACGACUAUGAGGAGGAGGAGAUCCGCGUCUCCUUCACUGAGAAAUGUGCCAAGGAGUUUGCUGAGUUCUAGAGUUAGAGGGCGAAAGGGGAGGAAAAGAAGGAAGUAGGGGGAGUCAAAGCACCCAGCUUUCUCCUUUCGCCACUUGAAAAGUUGGACCACGCUCCAUGUGAGUCUUACAUGUUACAGCAACUCUAUUCCCCUUUCUUUGUUUAAAAUAUGCACAGAUUUUGUUGUAUUUGUUUUUCAUGUGGUGAUGAUGUAAAAUGUAACUGGCACUCCAUUGAACAGGUUAGAAAAGGAUAGAGCACCUGGAGAUGAACAGAGCUGGUCCUGAAAGGAGACAAAAAUGUUCUUAGUGCACGGUGUACAACCUUCCUGUUUAAAGUAUACGACACAUAGAACUUCAGGUGUUCAGUGUCUCCGUGGCUCCUGAGCUAUGAUGGCAGAGUACUUAAGCAAUGCCCAAAAUGGAGGUCAAUGUAGAAUUUGUUCAUUCUGAAUUUAUAAAAUAAAACCAAGUGUCACUAGUGUUUGUUUUGUACAUUAAAAUGCCUUCGUUAUAGCCGUAUUUUCAUGUGCCUCCAUAAUGAUGAUAUUCUAAUUUGGCUCAUACAGGUGCCAUGGAUUUUCUUUCAUCCUUUUGAACUCUGGCUAUUUUUGAUUCACAUGAGUCCUUCCCAUCCAAAACAGUUGUGAUAUAGAAAAAUAUAACAAGGAUUUCUUACAAUUACACAAUGUGUAGUUCUGUGUGUGUAUCAUUUGUCAUAUGGAAGGAUAUUAAUCGGUUUGGAGGUUUUUAGGUCUCUAGACUCCGAUGCCUGUGGCUGGAUUAAUGUGCUCGAGGGCCCCAGGCCCCUAUUA